AUGCCCCCCAAGAAGCAGGUCGUCGAGGAGAAGGUCCUGCUGGGCCGACCCGGCAACAACCUCAAGGCUGGUAUUGUCGGUCUUGCCAACGUCGGCAAGUCCACGCUGUUCCAGGCCAUCACCAAGUGCAGUCUUGGAAACCCUGCUAACUUUCCAUACGCUACCAUCGACCCCGAAGAGUCCCGGGUUAUUGUCCCAGAUGAGCGUUAUGACUGGUUGUGUGACAAGUACAAGCCCAAGUCCAGAGUCCCUGCUCACUUGACCGUCUACGAUAUCGCCGGUCUUACCAGAGGAGCGUCUACCGGUGCUGGUCUUGGCAACUCCUUCUUAUCACACAUCCGAGCCGUCGAUGCCAUCUUCCAGGUUGUGCGAUGUUUUGAUGACGCCGAGAUUAUCCACGUUGAAGGCGAUGUUAACCCCGUCCGAGAUCUCGAUAUCAUUGCCGAGGAAUUGCGAUCGAAAGAUAUCGAAUUCACCGAGAAGGGUCUCGAGGCCGUCAAGAAGAGAACUCGCAUCGGUGGUCAAAGUCUUGAGGUUAAGAAGGCCAAGGAAGAAGAGGCCACAAUAGAAAAGGUUCUUGCGUGGCUGAAGGAUGGCAAGGACGUCCGAAAGGGCGCCUGGACACCAAAGGAGGUCGAAACCAUCAACACCCUCUUCCUUCUCUCGGCAAAGCCAGUGGUAUAUCUGGUCAACUUGUCUGAGAAGGAUUACGCUCGCAAGAAGAACAAGCAUCUUGCCAAGAUCGCGGAAUGGAUGAAGGAACAUGCUGCUGGUGAUCCCAUUCUACCGUUAUCGGUGGCUUUCGAAGAGCGUCUCACUCGCUUCGAGAAUGACGAGGCAGUCGCGGAGGAGUGCAAGAACUGCGGGUAUGAAUCUGCGCUGCCAAAGAUUGUCAUAACAAUGCGAAAGGCCUUGAAUCUUGGCAGCUUCUUCACGACAGGCACCGACGAGGUCCGGCAAUGGACACUCCGGAACGGCACGAAGGCGCCGCAGGCUGCUGGUGUCAUUCACACCGAUUUCGAGAAGACUUUUAUCCAGGUCGUAGUCUACAACUUCAAGAUGCUGAAGGAGCUCGGCGAUGAGAGUGAAGUCAAGGCCAAGGGUAAGAUCAUGACCAAGGGCAAGGAAUACGUAGUUGAGGAUGGUGAUAUCCUGCUGAUCAAAGCUGGUGCCGCCAAGGGCUAA